AUGUUGGAUGCCAAUGACAGUGAGAGACUCUUGAAAGCAGCAAGAGAAAAGUGCCUUGUCACAACUAACUUCUCAUCAGAAAUAAUGGUAGCCAGAAAGAUGUGCACACCCCCAAGUGAUAAACCAAUAGAUACCAACAGAUCUGCAUGUGUAUUUCAGAGAACAAGCUGUCAGAAAACACAGUAUGAAUUCUAUUUCCAGGGCAUUCCUAACAAUGAUAUACGUGUAUUGAGAGAAUGUAAAGAACCAGAGACAGCACCAGCUGCUGGGAAGGCGGCAGAGCCGUCUAAAGGGGGCUCGAGCUCCUCGGCCACGGCCGCUGCCGCCUUCUCUUCUUCCCCAGGAAGCAGCGCGGCGGCAGAUUCUCCUCGCGCUGGCGGGAGCCUGGGGGACUACAGCUGCAGCGGCCCGAGUACAGCGACGCUUUACGUCCCGUCCACCACCACCCCCAUACACACCCCCUCCCUCCCUCCACCGCCGCCACCCCCCCCUCCCCGGCCGCUCCGCUCUCCCUCUCUCGAUUGGAGCCGAGACAAAAGCAACGGGAAGCGGCGGGCCGGGACGCUACCGGCGGACCCUGGGCGCGACCGGACAGGCCCCGGGACAUUCCCCAGCCUCGCGGGGGCCCCGAAUCCGCCGCCCCCGCCGCGCGCCCCGCUGCCAGACUUCCGAAAAUUUACCAAAAACUCACCGCAUGAAUUUUCUUGUCCCGCGGAUCCAAGAUGGCGACGUAUCCACCGCGGAGGCUGCUGGGAGCAAGACCUUUACCCUCUGACCGCCGCCGUGACCCCCGUCGCUCCGGCUUCCCUCCAGGCGGCGGCGGAAGGUGGGAGCGGCGAUGCAAAGCUGACAGCGCUGGGAUGGGUAGGCCGCUUCCAGCACGCUUGUAACAAGGGGACGCUGAGCGUGUUCGUGUUUGUGUUUGUGUUGGACACCCCGCCCCCGCACGUCCGUCGUCUCACUCCUCCCCUCUUCACUCCCGCCACCUGGAGCGAAUGUGACCGCGUCCCUGUUUCCCAGCUCGGCUCCUGCAACCUCCUCUCCAGUGUGCGCGUACUUCAGGGACCGUCAGCACGUCACCGUCACCUCCUGAGUAGUCAAAAGCAAGAAAUAGCAAGAAACACAAGCAUACUGUAAAACCGUCAUGUUUUUGAAGGUAAGGUGUUUUGACAUAUCAGCAGACAUUGUGUGGAUUUAUUUCAACUCCUAAUGGUGCUGGUGUAGAUAAAAAAUGUUUGCUUGGUUAUUCAUUUCAUCAAACCUUCACUGUUUUCUUCACUUCAGGAAAAUUCGAGGAGGAACACCACAUUUGUGUCCUUUCCUUCCUUUCUCCCCGUCUUCCCCAAAUAGUUCCUUCCUUCUCCUGCUUUCUCUUCCUCACAUGUUAACAUCUACAAACAUAAGAUGGUGUGUUAAAAGAUUGGAUAUGCUUCUAUGGAAUGACUUCCAGGGGGUGUAAGUCUGAUUUGAGAGUUUUAUUACCUUGAGUAUUUUACUGGAAGAGAUAGAACAACAUUCAUAAUUAAUGUGUGGGUUAGGAGAAAAUACACUGAUAACUAUUACUUCAUUAUUUCAUACUGAGCACUAUAUGUUUAGGAUGAAUUCACUUUAAGCCAUGUUGAAGAACUUUUAAUUGUCCUAUUAUUUGUGCCAAAUCUAUUAAAAAUUUGUUAAAAUUUAAUGCCUCCCUUAGAGGGUAUUCUAGGUAUUUAAUGAGCUAGCAUUUGUUAAAGGCUUAUAUUUAUGACUUUCUAGUAAGAACUCAAUAAAUGGUAUAUUUUUUAAAUUGUCCUGUUGCAUCAAAAACUUCAUCUUUGUUGGUAAUAUUAAUCAAGUUUGCCCAUUUGGUAGUUUAGUUUUCUUUUAACUACAUUUUGAUAGAUUUUCUUACUUUUACCUGAAAAGUAGUCCACACUAAUAGGUACAUGUCAUGUAUCUUUUCAAAAUAUGCAUUAUGUUAAAUUCUCUAUACACUUUAUGUAAAAAUUACAGACUUUGACGGAAAAAAUUACCUAUUAAGGGAAGAAUGAAUUUGUGUAUAACUUGUAGAAGAAGGAGGCCACCCAUGUUUAGAAAAGUAUGGAUAGUACUGAAAAUUUUGUCGUGGCAAGGGAUAAAAAGGACAGGCUUCUCUAAUGUCUCUAAAACAUUUGAAUCCCCUUUGUUCACUCUCUAAAUCUGUUGCUCCUUUAGUAUUCCUGAUUUUCAUAAAUAGUACCACCAUUCACUUACUUGCUUAGACAUAAAACUUGGAAUUUUCUGUGAUUCUUCACACUCCUACAGCUCAUCAAACAGUAGCAUCCAUUCUUCCUCACAAUUAUAUUCUGAAUUAAGCUACUUAUCACCUCCACUACUGCAACCUUUGAGAGCCACCAUUGUCUCUUGCUGGACCACAGCAAGAUCCAUAGUAACUGCCUUCACUUUCUCUCUGUACUCUCGUGAAAAUUUUCCCAUUCAAACCAUUCUCUUGAAUACCAACCAAAGUAAUCCUUUAAAAAAAUGUUAUUAGGUUAUGUCACUCACUCCCUUGUUUAAAACCCUCCAAUAGUGGCCAGGCGUGGUAGCUCGCACCUGUAAUCCCAGCACUUUGGGAGCUGGAGGUGGGCGGAUCAGAGGUCAGGAGAUCGAGAUCAUCCUGGCCAACGUGGUGAAACACUGUUUCUACUAAAAAUACAAAAAAAAAAAUUAGCUGGGCAUAGUGGUGAGCACCUGUAGUCCCAACUACUCAGGAGGCUGAGGUAGGAGAAUCGCUUGAAUCUCGGAGGUAGAGGUUGCAGUGAGCCAAGAUCGAGCCACUGAACUCCAGCCUGGUGACAGAGUGAGACUCCGUCUCAAAAAAAAACCCUCCAAUAGCUUCCUUAUGCACACAGAAUAAAAUCUAAAUUCCUUAUCAUGGCCUUUUAGACCGCAUAAUCUGGCUCUUGCUCACUUCUACAACUUCCCGGGAAGCAGCACGGGAAGUUUUUCUCACCCUUCUGACUGGCCUCCUUUCUGCCGUGCACUGAGCUCUUUCUAGUCUGUAGCAGAGCCUGGUAGUUGGCCCCCAAAAUUUCUCCAUUUAUUCAUAGUAAUAGACAUGGAUACUAUGAACAAAGACUGUAUUUCCAGCCUUCCUUGUAGCCAUGUAAUAGGGCUGGAUGAUGGGAUAUAAGCAAUAUAUCAUGUGACACACUUGUAAAAACAUCCUUAAGAGAUAGUUGGUGUAUACCUUCAAUGAUGCUUUUCCUUUAUCCUGUACCCUGGAAUACAGAUGUGAUGGCUUGGAGCUCUAGCUGCCUAUUUCUGUCUCAUGCAAGUUCUCUCAUUCUAGAGAUGGCAAAACUAAACUGGUGGAAACCAGGAUCCCUGAGGACUUUGUAGAUCAGAGCACCAUGCCAGCCCUGCACUUGUAAAUGUCUAUCUUAUUAAAGCCAUUAUUUUUGGGUCUCUUGUUCUCAACUGAACUUCAUCUUACCUGCUACUGUGCCUCAGGGCCUUUGCACUUGCUUUCUUUUCUUCUUUUCUCCUGGGAUGUGGUUUUUUCUGUCUUGUAUGUAUCAUUCUCAUCCUUCAGGUUAACCCAAGUAUUUCUGACAGCACUUCCCUGGCCACCCUAUCUAAAACAGCUCCCUUUCCCAUUUAGUCUCCAUCAGUCAUGUGACCCUCCAUCUUUUUAAUAGCAUUUAUAAUUUAUUAUCUUUUUUUUUUUUUUUUUUUUGAGAUGAAGUCUUGCUUUGUUGCCAGACUGGAGUGCAGUGGUGCAAUCUCAGCUCACUGCAACCUCUACCUCCCAGGUUCAAGCGAUUCCCCUGCCUCAACUUCCCGAGUAGCUGGGACUACAGGCACAUACCACCAUGCCCAGCUAAUUUUUUGGUUUUUAGUAGACACGGGGUUUCACCAUGUUGGCCAGGAUGGUCUCAAUCUCCUGACGUUGUGAUCUGCCCGCCUUGGCCUCCCAAAGUGCUGGGAUUACAGGUGUGAAGCACUGCACUUAGCUAUCUUUUUUAUUCAUUCUUUAUUUUCUGUCUCCCUUCACCCUAUAAAAAUAUAAACUAUACCUUUUUGUUCACUGCUUUAUCCUUCAUACAUGAUGGGCAUUAGAUAAGUGCUGUUAAAUUAGUAAAUGAAUGAACAAAAUUCUCAUCCACGAUUAGCUAGACUUUUUUUAUAAUAAAUGAGUAAAUGUCAAAAGAUUUCCUUAACACAAAAUUUGUAAAAUCCAAUCUUGGAAAAAGGAAAAACGGUGCUCAACUAAUAGGAUAUUCCUAGCCUCCAACUUAAUGAAGAUGUGUACCUUUUUCUGGGAAAUCUGUAAGGCUUUUUUAAAAAAAAAAGAAAAAAAGCUUAAUUGGUGAAGUAGACUGGCAAAUUAAAGAGCACUGCGAUAUAUCCAGGGCAAAAAAAUCACACUAAAAGGACUUUGAUUUAUAACUUACUAGACCUCAGUUUCUUCAUCUGAAAUGCAUGUAAGAAUCUUAAGAUUUGAGUGGUAAUAUUAUAAAAUUUUAAAGCUUAAUUGUAAGCCCAACUUACAAGUAACAAAACAUGUUAAACAUUAAUUUAGUCUUUAGGCAUUAUUUUAACAAGUGACUAUUUCUUGAUAAUACUGGCAAGGGUUCAGAGAAGCAGGGCUGCUUAUAUUGCUGAGAGUAUAUGUUGGCAGCACUUUUCUAGAGUAUAGUUUGGCUAAUCUAUCAAAGGCCGUGAGCCUGUGCAUUUGACCCAGCAGUUCUUUUAGACAUGUGUCAUAAGCAGGCUGGGUGCAGUGGGGAAGGCCAAGGUGGAAGGAUCACCUGAGGCCAGGAGUUUGAGACCAGCCUGGCCAAUAUGGUGAAACCCCCAUCUCUACUAAAUUAAAAAAAAAAAAAUAGCUGGGUACAGUGGUGCACAUCUAUAGUCCCAGCUACUUGGGAGGCUGAGGCAAGAGAAUCACUUGAAUCUGGAAGGCGGAGGUUGCAGUGAGCCAAGAUGGUGCCACUGCAGUCCAGCCUGGGUGACAGAGCAAGACUCCGUCUAAAACAAAACAAAAGGCCAGGCAGGGCAUGGUGGCUCACACCUCUAAUGCCAGCACUUUGGAAGUCUGAGGCGGGGGGGGGGGGGGGGAUCACCUGAGGGCAAGAGUUCAAGACCAGCCUAGCCAAAAUGGCAAGACCCUGUCUCUACUAAAAAUACAAAAAUUAGCUGGGCCUGCUGGCAGGUUCCUGUAGUUCCAGCUAUUUGGGAGGCUGAGGCAGGAGAAUCACUUGAACCCAGGAGGCAGAGGUUGUAGUGAGCUGAGAUUGUGCCACUCCACUCAAGCCUAGGUGACAGGUGAGACUCCAUCUCAAAAAAAAAAAAAUGUAUUACAAGCAAAUAAGGAUGUGUUUAAGAAGUUAAUUGCAAGAGUGUUCUUUACUGCAUCAUUUAUUAGGAGAUUUAAGCAACAUCCCUACGGUGAACAGUAUUCAGCCAUUUAAAAUGAUAUGGAGGAAAUUUUAUUGACAUGAUACACUGUUAAGAACAAAGAAAAAGUGUUAAAAUACAAAUGUUGUAUAAUUUGUAAGUCUCACAAAGAUCAUCUAACAAUAUGCAUGACAUGUUAAGUCAACCUUGCAAAAGUAACUAUCUUUUCAUUAUUUUUAUCUCAGCUACUGUUAUAGGAGCAUUUUAUAUUGACUGAGGAUCUUUAUUAAAACUUCUCUUCAGCCUUUUGUGAAAUCUUAUGAUGACUGUAGUGACGCGGUAUCAAACAUAAAACCAGAAUAUGUUUAUGCUCAAAUAUUUCAAGCAAUAUUUGAUGCUUGAAAUACCAAAGUGACAAUGAAAAUUAAAGAAAUUUGGAUAGCUCCUUAGAGUUAUUUAAUUGUAUUUCAGAUAUGAACAUAAAGUAUGUUUUUAAUAUUACCACGUUUGAGAAUAACAGAAUAAAUGCCUACUCAUCUUAAUAA